AUCUAUGAAAGUAUCAAAUCAGGUUUUUAAAGAAAAUUUGAUUAUAAAGGAUAAAAACUAAUUGCAUGUGUUAGUAAGGGAUAAAACAUACAAACAUGAUGCUCUCUUUGACGUGCUUUGACAUCCAAAACAUUUCCUGUUUCCGUUUGGAGGUGGUGCACAAGCGCACUUUGAAUUUUUACAUCUCUAGUUGAUCGCAUUUUUGUUGGAGUGAUUAAAGAAUGGCUACGAAUAAUUAUUUUGGAUUUACUCAUGGUGGAACGCAGUAUGGAGCAACCACUGGAGCCUACCAAGCGGGUCAGGCUGGUUACGCUGUAGCUACUCCUGCGACUGCAGCUGCUGCAGCUACGUACGGUACCCAAAGACCCACCAGCUAUGACACAGCCUAUCAGGCUGCAGCUGCAGCCAGCCAAGGCACUUAUGCUGCUGUAGGAACCACUGCAACUCCCGCCUAUGAGUAUGGAUAUGGUCAAACAGCUGCAACUGGUUACACAAGUGGUUAUGAUCAAACAGCUGCUGCUGCAGCAGCUGUAGCAGCAGCUGCAAAACCUGCUUCCUAUGCCACUACUUAUACACAGAGAACUACCUCACAGCAGGCACAACAAGCAGCAGCAUUUCAGUCAGCUGCUGUCGCUGCUGCGGCCGUGGUCAAGCAGCCUGCACAGUACACGGCCACAUACCAGCCCACUGCAACAGCUUACCAGACUACCUACCCCCAACCAGCUGCUGCACAGACUACAAUAGCUGCUCAACCUACAACACAAGCCAAACAGACUAAUUCUACCACAACAUAUUCAGGAUACGAUGCUGCCCUGUAUUCAGCAGCUACCAUGUAUGUAGCCCAACAGUCAGGCACUGCCCAACAUAAAGCUGUCGGCUGGCAAAACUACAAGAAACCAGGUAUCGGUGCGAAAACUGCAAGACCAAAGGCACCCCCAAAACCUCAACAGUUGCACUAUUGUGAUGUUUGUAAAAUCAGUUGUGCUGGUCCCCAGACUUACAGAGAACAUUUAGAAGGACAAAAACACAAGAAACGAGAAGCAGCCACUAAAAUGGCAGCCUCUGUUGCUGUUACUACUCAAAACCGUGCUGGGAACUCUCUAAGAUGUCAGUUAUGUGAUGUAACUUGCACAGGUAAUGAUGCUUAUGCUGCCCACAUCCGUGGGGCGAAACAUCAGAAGGUGGUAUUGCUACACACCAAGCUAGGCAAGCCCAUACCUCCACAAGAACCAGAAGUUCUUGGAGGAUCAAAGAAAUCAGUUUCUUCCACUCCUAAAAUCAACUUUGUAGCAUCAGGAGGCUUAGGUGUGGCUGCUGGGAAUGGAGAUGCAUCAAAGGAUGAAGACGAUGAUAUAAUAGAACCAGAUAUACAGCCUGUAGGACAAGAUUAUAUUGAGGAGAUCAAGAGUGAUGAUGGCAAAGUUAUAAGCUUCAACUGCAAAUUGUGUGAAUGUAGAUUUAACGAUCCAAAUGCUAAGGAAAUGCACAUGAAGGGCAGAAGACAUAGGUUGCAGUACAAAAAGAAGGUCAAUCCUGAAUUAGUAGUUGAUGUUAAGCCAUCGUUGAGACAAAGAAGAAUCCAGGAAGAGAAACUGAGAAGAGCUCAACUAAGAGAAGAAUUCUGGGCUCGUCGUCAUUAUCCUGAUGUAAAUGAAAGUCUCUAUUGGGAAGAACAAAGAAGAUAUGAAGAUGAAUAUAUGAUGGGCCACGGAAAUAUGCCUUUCCAAAGAGGAAGACCCUUCCCUGGAGGUCAAGGUCCACCCUUUUUCCAGGGUGUUUUGAGUCGUAGAGCUGAAUCUAGCGAUGAUAAACAUGUAAUGGCGAGACAUGCUGAAAUUUAUCCCAAGGAGGAAGAGCUACAGGCCAUCCAACGCAUCGUUUCCCAUACAGAGAGGGCACUGAAGGUUGUAUCAGAUCAAAUGGGUGACGGCAAGAAUAAAGCUCCAGAAGCGAAACCAGAUGAAAAGGCAGAACCACAACAAAAAGAGGAUGGACGUGACAAUCAACUCUUCUCUUUCCAACAAGGCGAUCAGAACCGCAUUCUAAAAGGCGUUAUGCGUGUAGGACAUCUUGCUAAAGGUCUUCUCCUUCGAGGCGAUACAAAUGUUGAAUUGGUGGUACUAUGUGCUGAUAAACCCACCCUCACUCUUCUCAAGAAAGUCGUCGAAAUCCUUCCAUCAGCUCUGAAGCAAGUGGCCCCAGAGAGCGCCUACACCGUGGCCAUCAACGCUUCCGAGGCAGGCUUGAUCAUCGCUGGAGACAGUUUGACGGUGUUGGUACAGUUCACCAGUCCCGUAAUUCGGGAACAACCAGAAGCUGCAAGCGGUGGGUUCGACCGGGAUGUUCUGUCACGCGGCAAGUGUCUCCAGGCGCUGGCAGCCCUCAGACAUACCAAAUGGUUCCAGGCAAGGGCUCUUGGUCUGCAUUCCUGUGUCAUCAUCAUUCGUAUACUGAGAGAUUUAUGCCAGAGAGUUCCUACUUGGUCGCCGUUGUCUCCAUGGGCCAUGGAACUGCUUGCCGAGAAAGUGAUCUCGUCAGUGCCUGGACAAGCCCAGCUGUCACCAGGAGAUGCCCUACGACGCGUCAUGGAAGCGGUGGCUAGCGGUCUGCUUCUCCCGGGCGGUCCCGGUUUGGCUGAUCCGUGCGAAAAGGACAAUCCCGACGCUUCCGGAGCAUUGAACGCUCAACAGAGGGAAGAUCUCACCUGUUCCGCACAAUACGCGCUUAGAUUAAUAGCUUAUAGACAAAUAUACAAGGUAUUAGGUAUGGAUCCUUUACCAGCACCUCAGAAAUCGUUCAGGAGAGUUGGAAUCACGCGGAAAAGACGUCUAUCGGGUUCAGGUCAAGAUGGUUCAGAAAGUGAUACAGGAAAGAUGGUGAAAACACAGAAUUAGUUAGUUAAAUUAUAUUUUUACAUCUCUUGAAGUAUUUUACUGUAUAGGCAUAUAAGUAACUAAUUAUGUUUAUUUAACUUAGUUCUUUGUGAUUGAUUUUUUAGUUCUUUUUUACUUAGUGUUAUAUAUCUAAUCUGGUCUAAAGUAUUACUGAACAUUCAGUAAUGAGUUGAAUGUAUUUCUUUCUAUUUCAUUAUGGAGUUGAAUGUAUUUGACGAGCGAAGUUGUUUCCUAGAAGCUACAAAAUAAAUAUUGAGCCGUGA